AUGAAUCUACAGCAAUCUCCCACGAAAGUAGUCAAGGCACCUACACCACCACCAGUCAAUAUCAAAUCUAUAGACGAAAUCGUUAAAAUGCACGCACCGUUAUUGAAAGUAGAGACCCAGGCUUCGAAAGAUGCUGAGAGGUUGGCUCAUACCAGGAUAACCUCAGACAAUUCCUCAGUAAAUCGUACAUUAGCGUCUUCACCUUCACCUUCACAUUCACCUUCAAUGACCGACGCUAGAAGUGAAUUAGAUGCCGAUAGACCAACUAUAAAGUCGAUACAUGAUAUUAUAAAAGAGCACUCACAUUCGCUCUCUUCAAAGCACUCAGAAGGUUUCGAUUACGAUGAUAGCGAUAACGAUGACGAACAGGAUAUACAGAUCGACAUAGAAGGUUUUCAGCCCCGCGAUGAGAAGCGUAAUGGUAUAUACAAACCUUCAUACACUCAUUCCUCUUAUUCAGUUCAUUCAAAUAACAAAUCACCUAGUUCUUCUACUAGGACACCAUCAAUAAACAAGACACCAGUGAUAGAUAAGCCUUAUGAGGAUGAAUUUGAUAUAGAUACCGUUCCUUCGUUAGCUUCCAAAUCAUGGAUAGCUCAAUACCUCCGUUCACCCAGGCUUACACGUCUUAUAAAACUUCGAAGAUUCCCUCACAAUGGUCUACAAGUAUCCUUAGCAGAUGUCGGUAAGAAAGACGGUAAUCCAGUCUUAGUAUUCCUAGGUUUGGGAUGUACAAGACAUUUGAUUAGCUUAUAUUCAGAUCUCGCGAAUACACUCAAUUUACGUUUGAUUUGCGUGGACAGAUGGGGUUUAGGUCGGACCGAUCCAUCAACCUCCGACAAGAGAGGCCUAAUCGAAUGGGCUAAUGUAAUCGUCGAGAUACUUGACGUUCUUGCAAUCAAGAGGGUUGCCUUACUGGCACACUCCGCUGGAACUCCCUACGCUCUCGCAUUGGCUUACACAGCACCAAAUAGGAUUCUUGAACCUGUUCAGCUGCUUGCACCUUGGGUCCAACCAUCUGCAAGUCCAAAGGGUAAUUGGAAGUGGUUGAAGCACGUCCCAAAUGGCGUUCUCAAAGCUGCACAAGCUGCUGAGUGGAGAGUGGCUGGCUGGAGUAUUGGUAAACCACCUCAACUGAAAUAUGAAGGCGUUGAGAAUAAGCAAAGUGAUGAAGAAGUAAUUGACGAGUUCGCUUAUCUCGACCAAGCUGAUGGAUUUGAUGAGAGUGUGUUUGAGAGAAGUCAUUCACAACCGAAUGUACAGACAUUAUCAGCUACACAAGCUCCACAAAGGUCGUCUAGUACCCAGAAUCUCAAACGCUCGAGGAAAGUUUCAUUAAAUAGCUCCACAAGAUCUGGUCAAGAGUCCACUAGUGAUGAGAAGCAGGUGUCAGUUGGUAGCGCUUUACUCGCAGCUUCACAUGCAGAAUCACAAUCAGGUGGUGGAACAGCUCAUGAUUUGAUGCUCAUACUCAAUAGAGGUAACAAACCAUGGGGAUUCGAUUAUAGGGAUAUCACAGCUCGUGUUCAUAUAUACUGGGGAGACAGGGAUGAUAGGAUAUCCUACGAGGCUGUGAAAUGGAUGGAAGAUAACAUGGUUAGCUGUAAAUUACAGCAUUUACCUGGCAAAAAUCACUCUUUACUAACUGACCCAAUCGUUAUUGCCGACGUACUUGAAAAUCUCGCUGAGAAAUAUAACAAUAGGAUCAAAGAUCAACAGAAAAAGACGACAAAUUGA